GAGCGUCACCAGACCCAAAGGUUCCCUAAAUACCCCAUUGAUUUGAGGAAAAAGGAGUAAGUCAGUUGAUAUUCAUCUGAUUAUCAAAUGAUUUGCCAUGCAAAAUACAUUUUGUCUUGGAAUCAAUAACCUAUCAUUGGCUCACUAGGUGUCAGUAAAAUGCAGAAUGUAAAGAGCUUAAGUAUAACUAUAAGAAACUUGAGAGAGUGUGGCGGACUAUACAAGUGGGCCCCCGAAAUGAAACGCUGCCCAGAGCCUCUUUCAGCCUUGGUCAGGCUCUGCUGUCAGGUGAGUUGUUGCGUGUAACUCCCGUUGCCCGCACGCGCAAAGCCACGCUCGAUCUCGUCACUCGAUCUGUCACUCACGUGCGCAACGCAAGCAGACGCAGUCGGACGGUGGUGGCUUCACGGCUCUCCGUCUCUGCGUCCACCGAAACAAUUAAGUCUAAACUAAGUCACAGUGAAAGAAAGUCAAAGGGGGCGCAUCCAUCCAGGACAUAUCCGGGGCUUCUGGACGCUGCCCGAUCCGCUUCUGAGUUGGGCCGCCUGAGGGGGGCAGAGGAGACGGAGGGAGCAUGUCUGAGAGCAGCUAUCUGGGGAAUAACUGCAUCCCCCAUCAGACGGGUGAAAAGUUACUGAUCAAAGGGGGUAGGGUUGUUAAUGAUGACCAGUCUUUCUACGCAGACGUUUACGUUGAGGAUGGGAUCAUUCAGCAGGUGGGGGAGAACCUGGCUGUUCCAGGUGGCGUCAAGGUGAUAGAAGCCAAUGGUCGUAUGAUAAUACCAGGGGGAAUAGACGUCAACACAUGCCUGAUGAAGUCCUAUCUUGGCACGCAGCCUGUUGAUGAUUUCCUUCAGGGGACCAAAGCUGCACUUGCUGGCGGCACCACCAUGAUCAUGGAUCACGUGACCCCUCAGCCCGGUGACAGUCUGCUGGAGGCGUUUGAGCACUGGCAGGAGGCUGCAGAUAAAAAGGCUUGCUGUGACUACUCUCUGCACGUCGACAUCCCCCAGUGGAACGAGAAUGUUAAGGAUGAGCUGGAACUGCUAGUGCAGGACAAAGGCAUCAACUCCUUCCAGUUGUACAUGGCUUAUAAAGAUUUGUACCAGAUGACAGAUUCUCAGUUGUAUGAGGCUUUCUCCUUCCUAAAGCAGCUGGGCGCUGUGGUGUUGGUUCAUGCUGAAAACGGAGACCUGAUUGCACAGGAACAGAGAAAAAUCUUGGAGAUGGGAAUUACUGGCCCUGAAGGCCAUCCUCUGAGUCGACCUGAAGAGCUGGAAGCUGAAGCAGUGUUUCGUGCCAUUACUCUUGGAAACCGUGUGAAUUGUCCCGUCUACAUCACCAAAGUGAUGAGCAAGAGUGCAGCCGACACCAUCACUCAAGCCCGGAGGAAAGGUUCUGUAGUUUUUGGGGAGCCGAUCACAGCAAGCUUGGCAACCGAUGGCUCUCAUUAUUGGAGCAAGAAUUGGGCCAAGGCAGCUGCUUAUGUGACAUCUCCGCCACUGAGUCCUGAUCCCACGACUCCAGACCACCUUCACACACUACUGGCCUGUGGGGACCUUCAGGUGGUGGGGAGCGCUCACUGUGCGUACAGCACUUCCCAGAAAGCAAUUGGCAAAGAAGACUUCACCCUGAUCCCAGAGGGGACCAACGGAGUCGAGGAGAGAAUGGGUUUUGUCUGGGAUAAGGCUGUGGCCAUGGGAAAAAUGGAUGAAAACCAGUUUGUUGCAGUCACGUCAACCAAUGCGGCAAAAAUCUUCAAUCUGUACCCACGUAAGGGACGCAUAGCCGCAGGCUCUGAUGCUGAUAUCGUCAUAUGGGACCCUGACAGUGUGAAAACCAUCACAGCCAAACUGCAGCAAUCAGCUGCAGAAUACAACAUCUUUGAGGGUCUGGAGUGCCGUGGUGGCCCAGCACUGGUGAUGAGUCAAGGUCGGAUAGUUUACGAAGGGGGCAAACUACAGGCUCAGCAGGGCACCGGCCGGUUUCUGCCACGCAAGCCCUUCCCUGACUAUGCUUACCAGCGGGUCAAGUGUAGGAAUCAGGUAAAGAGCAAAGAGGGUGUCACCCGAGGGAUAUAUGAUGGCCCUGUGUACGAUGUUGCUCCUACACCCAAAUACAUCACCCCCUCUCCGUCUGCCAAGACUUCACCCACCUCUCACCAACCACCACCGAUACGCAACCUUCACCAAUCCAACUUCAGCCUUUCAGGUGCUCAGAUUGACGACAACAUCCCUCGUAGGUCUGGCCACCGCAUAGUAGCACCCCCUGGUGGUCGCUCCAAUAUCACCAGCCUUGGCUAAAGGCUUGGCUCUACAUAAGCCACUGCUGGUUUGGGAUUUCACCUUUUGAGAGUGCGUGAGUGUAAAAGUAUGACUGCCACAAAAUAUUACCUUUUUGUCCACUCCAUAAUUGUUGUUUUUACAGCUUUGCACUAAAUUUAAGAGUGUAUGAUUCACAAUCAGGCACCCUAUUUAAAAUCCUUUUUCACGAGAAACUUAACACUAGUAACACUAGUCAUGAUAUCGUUUUGCUUGUCCUUUUAAGCACGACUUUCUCUUUAUACUUCCUUACUGUCCACAUCUUAAUUGGCAAGUCUGCUCUGACAUGGUGCUACUUUUCCACCACCAGGUGGACUGCAGAAGAUCUAACUUAUUUUGUAUUUUAUCUGUUCUUAGUUUGAACACAUUUAGAUAACUUAUUUUAGUUUAACUAAAACAAAAAAUCAGUUUUACAUAGGUUGUUGCAUGGACAAAUCUUUAAAUGUUGCACUACUUGUUAAUUGUGGCAACACAUUACACAUGAAACUGCACUAGAAGCACAUUUGUAUUCAACAGCACAAACAUAUUUGUAUACUGGAAAAUGUAGAUGCUUUAAUGAUGUAAUCACAUUCACUGUGGCUGCUUCCAGAUCCAAAACAUAGGCUUCACUGGGAAGCUCUUGCAACUGCAAUAAAAACAAAGUGAGCGUCCUCCACCAGAUACGCUAUGCAAAUGUGUUAAUGUUCUCCAAUAAAAGGUAAAGUAGCUCAGUGGCUGAAUGAAAGCUACUGUAGAGUUCAGCUCUAGACUCGUGUACCAACAUAACAGGCUUCCUCAGCAAAUACUUGAUGUUGUUUGUGAGUUUCCUGCCAAUCACUGUUGCCAGGAAUGGAUCAUUGUUAUAAUAAACCCUGAGCUCAAAGCUGUAAAAAGGGCUUCAGAAACCUUCCUUGCUCUUUCAAUCAAUUUUUGUGAUCUGUUUAUACUUCUUUUUAUUAAUUCUAGGUGUUUUUUUUUGUUUUGUUACAUUCAGUGUUUUGGAUGUGCUCCAUUUUUCUUGUUGUGCUCCAAUGUAUCUGUGUCACUUAUUAUAAAUAAAGACUGCGCUGUUGUCAAAACCA